UUGCUACACUACCACCACGACAUCCUCCUUUUCCUUUUCUCUUCCUGACCAUGUAGUCUCGCAGCCGCGGAGAUGUCACUUCCAAAGCAUUACACGAACGCUGCAUCUCCUUCCCUAUCCUCAUCACCCAGGCAAUUCGUCCGUGACCUUUCGGGAUCACCAGCUUCGCGCCCUCAGACCAUCGACCGACCUCCCACGACACAACCAACAGAACACGAUCAACAACCCCAUCCAGAUCAAAUUGAAAACCUGCAAUACGAGAAUGAUGGAGCCUCAAAUGUCCCGGCCAGCCACAACCAACCCUUCAAUCCGUUCUUCACCUUGAUCGAGGACGCAAACACGGGGGAAUACCACCAUCCAACGGUCCACUACAUCUUCUCAGAUGACGACACGGAUAUCCUGACUGAAGCUGCUGUGCGGUCACUAGAGCCAGAGCAGGAUAGCUCUACUGGCGGGAAGAGACCGAUCCGGUCACGGCAAAGUGAAAGCGAAGACGGGCCAGGUUACAAUGAAGAGGACGAGCUUUCGGGGUUGAGAAAGGAUACUCUUUUACCAACUCCCAUCCCUGGGGUACGGGAUAAUUACAUUAUUCUAGAUGUAGAACCCACCCCCAAGACAGACGUGGGUCCGAAUAACGCCGGCGGCACCAAUUCCAUGUCGACCUCGCCUGCGGCGCACCCGGCAGCCACCUCACACCAGCAAAACCAGCAUCCGCAGCAACAAACGCCUCAGUUCACGGUUACUUCAGCCCACAGCCUCACACCCGCAUGGCAAGUCCUCAACACUGAGCUAGUCCCGGCCCCUACCUUCGAGAACAACACGUCAGGCGAACAACCACUCAACGGAGGAUUGAUGCUCAAGAUUCAUGGCACGCCUGGGCUACCGCCAAGUACGGUUUCAAAAGAAAAGGAUAAAGAACGUGGAGGCCAGCGAUUGGAAGAUAUGAUGGACCAGUUUGCGAAGCGGAUGGGCGAGCUCAGACAGGUGAUAGAAGCUGGGGAACAUAUGCCUUACGAAUCGGAUAUAGAACAACAGCAAGGAGAUGGAGCGGGAGAACAUGAUCAUGUUGGGGCCCAGCAGAGCAUGGAUAAUGGUAUCAAUACCACGGCUGGAACGACAGAGCAAGAGCCGCUAGGGAAUCUUGAAACCCAAGCUGGUGCACUUCGUGAAUCCUGACGCUCGAUUACAAAAUUCAACACAGAAGGGAAUUAGUAGAGUAGCCCCAAUAAUACUAGGCCUUAAGGGUACAAUUUCUCUCAAACACAAUUUUACUCCAGGGAAGGGUAUCUUGAUGAAUAACAAUUGCAAAA